AUGUUACGAGUAUCCUGGGCAUACACCUUGAAACAAGAAGAUCUAGUGGCGUAUCUUUUGGAAUUUCAACUAGAUUCUACUGGGAGAGUGGACGAUCUUCGCAAGCGAUGGGCGAAAUUCUUAAAUCAAGAUCACGACGAAGCAACAAGGAAAAGAUUGCAUGAAUUGCAAAAUAAACAUGAAAACGGGAACAUUCCAUCCACAUCAACUUUCCGCUCUCCGUCAAAACUGCCGAUGAUUACUAUUUCCCCAAGUGAUACAAUCAAUAAAUCGCCAGUAAAAGCUGAGAAAUCAACCUACCCCGUUUAUCAAACCAUGGAUCCAACUAAAGUGACCAGUGAAGACCGGCAAAGCCAAGAAUCAACGCUGAAAACCGAGAACGUUCCUCCGUUAGCUAACCUUCCUGGAACGGAGCAUAGUCCGAUUCAGCGUCCAGUCAACCUGCUUGAUCAAAUACAUAAGUGGAACAUCAAAUUUAACCAGGGCAGGGAUCCUAUAGAGUUUAUAGAACGCAUAGAAGAACUAGCGCUAAUUUACGGAGUAGAAUUAAACCAUCUUAUAAAAACUAUGCCGGAACUUUUUCAGGAUAAGGCUCUCAUAUGGCUGAGGAACAAUAACGGACACUGGAUAAGCUGGAAAGAAUUCAAGAGAGAUUUCCUAAAUUUCUUUUUACCUCCAAGAUAUUUUGAAAAACUAGAUGACGAAAUCAGAAAAGGAGUACAAAGACCCAAGGAAUUUUUCAAGGAGUACGUCUUGGCCAUCCAGAAGCUAAUGCAACACGCGGAAAUGACGGAAGAACAAAAGCUGGAACGUAUUUUUAGAAAUUCCCUAGCAGAAUACCAGUGGUACAUAAGACGCAAAGACUUUAACUCCUUGUCGGAAUUGAUUAAGCUAGCAGAUGACAUGGAAAGUAUUCCAAAUACCGUCCGACAUGAACCACCACGCCAUUACCAGAACUUCAAUCGAAAUACAGAUUAUUCAAAACCUAACUCUCACCGCAUAGAAAGAAAUUAUUGGGCUACGGAAGAGCCGGUCCCAAAAAGAAAUUACAAAACUUCAUUUAAAUGCGUGGCAAACCGACUAACCGCCACAAUGGUCAUUGAAGGACGACUAGUAACCGCUACAGUGGACACGGGGGCCACAAGUUGUUUUAUAAAAAAGGAGUUAGCCGAAGAAUUGAAGCAAAAUCCAGUGUAUAAUCGACACCAAACAAAUGUUAUUCUUGCAGAUGGGACCGCUGUUAAUAUUACCAAGUCAAUUACGCUCUACGUAAUUUUUGGAAGUCAAAGUACAGAAAUGCCAUUCCUAAUAAUGCCCAAAUUCAAAGAAGAUAUCAUCAUUGGUCUGGAAUUUUUCAAGCGAUUCCCCACUACGAUUUAUUGUGCCGGACUCAGCGUGACACUCUACGAACCGGAACGGCAAACGGAACAGUGUAUCAUGGUCAGCGAGGCUAACCCUACCCAGAAAGAGACAACGACGGUAUUAGCCAAAAAGUAAUUUAAGAAAGAAAAUAUAUAAAUAUAAUAACAAAUACGUGUUUAAGAUAAGUUCUGAAAUUGUUAUCUACAUCUCACAACACACUGCGAUUAUGGACGGAGAUAGUCCAAAGACAAAAAAAUUUAAGGAAGCGAUGAAAAAAUUCCGUACCCACUUUGAGAGGGCAGAGUCACAGCGACGUCGAACCAUUUUUAUUGAUGACGAUGAUAUUCCGAGUACCAGCCGCAAUGCACCGAGACGAUGUACAAAACAACAGGAUCGCCCUCCAUCCCUAAGAGGCGAAGAUCAUAUAUUCUUUAGAAUGGAAGAAACAGCCAAUAAUAUCGCAGACGUACGCCCGACAUUCCCAGAUACACAUGGCAAAAAUAAUGAAAAGCGCACAGAAAGGCAAGGUUCACCACGUCCGAAUGGUGCCACCGUACAUCCUGAGGUACCACGAACACCAAUAUACAUAUCAUGCAGUGAGUCAACUCAAGAUAGUACCGAUAUGUCCGAUAUAAACACUACCCACUACUUCCAUAUAUUCCGAUCACGCCGGGAAAGAAUUUUGCCAAUUACUCCGACGAAAAAUCCACGCUUCCACGACCACCGAUGGAGACGAGCGGCGAAUCAUCUGUUUCAGACAUAGAUGAAGAUGAGUGGCGUAACUUCUAUGGGUAUGAGGAUAAGAAUAUAGAGAAGAAGUCGCCGACAGCACCUCCUAGUCCAUCAUCCACCGAGUCCGAUGAAGAAAACUACAAAUGCCCAAGUCCAAAGCCUAGGAAAGGUUUGGGUUUCAUCGAGCAGAAAAAUCGUGAGUAUCGCUAUUUGGGGUUCAGAUGCUACGAACGAACUGUCACUGUAAAAUUGCUGGUUCCGGAUCAGGAUAAAACACCGAUACUAGCCAUCAACGGAGAAGAAAUUAGUAAGGCCUUAUCCGCAGAACCAAGUAUAUAUGAUCAAAUGCCCGAUUUGGAGCCAAGUUCCCCCGGAUAACUAUCCUAGUGACUUGCGGGACAUUAUUGUCAAAUUCCUGAGUAGGUCCAAAAGGGGCAAACGGGCCAGAAAAUUAAUCCGACUACGGGAUCAACAAUACCGAAUUACCGUCACGGCCAAUGGUGCAGUGAUGGUCUUCCACAAACAUCUCUACGGAGGCCUCCAAAAUUCACCCGAAUUCACGCUAGGUGAAAGGACGUAGAAAUUGAGGAGGCGAGAAUAUUAAAUUGAACAAUUCGCUGGGCUUCCGCCUGUUGAUAUGCAACAGGCUAGACGAAGCCACAUAAGAUUGAAAACAAAUCAGGGGAGAGAUGGGAGGCCUUGUGACGGGCCAAAAGUCGGAACCUCGUCUUUGGGCCACAAAAUUAAAUAAAAUAUUUGAAUUAUAAAUGUAUUAAUAUUUUAUUUGGAAUCAUGUUUUAUGUUAUGUGACACAAUAAUUGAAUUACUAGUUAUUUAAAGAAAAUAUAUGAAAUUUAUGGUAUUCGGUUUUGUUUUUGAAAUUAACGGUCAAACUGAUCCCCCUAGUGGUCAUAUGAUAGACUAACCCUGAACAACGACGAUGAGAUCCGUACGGCGUCAAAAUAUAAUCAGUCGACAUCGAGCCACUGAAACAGUAUAAAAGGAGGCGAAAUCGACACAAUCGGGACUUUAAAGAAGGUGGCGUUACGUCGCAUGUUUAGUUUAUAAGCAAUUUAGCAGUAAGCCAUACUGUCUAGUCUUUAAGAAUUUCUUCAAUAAAAAAUGGCUAUGGUCAAAACAAACACAAUCGGGACAGUCUUCUGUGGAUGGCUGUUGUGCUAAGUGGGGUUUUUAACGUUCCCUUGGCAGUAAAUUUAGUUAGUUUGUGUAGUCUAGAGAGUUAAGUGGGGUUUUUAAUGUUCCCUUGGCUCUAAGGUUUUUGUGUGUGUGUCUCGGCUGUUGAGUGGAGUGGGGUUUUAACGUUCCCUCCCUCUCCAGACAUAUGUUGGUGUGGGCUUUAGAGUUGAGUGGGGUUUUAACGUUCCCUCGGCUCUAAGGUUUGUGUGAGUGUCUCGGCUGUUGAGUGGAGCGGGGUUUUAACGUUCCCUCCUCUCUCAGACCGCAGUGAGAGCAGUCGGUAGGGUUGAGUGGGGUUUUAAACGUUCCCUCGACUCGUGCUGUCAUCGGGCUGCCGCUGUGCCUAGCUGCUGCCAACCUUCGUGUGCUGCCAUCGGGCUGCCGUUAUUCUUCGUGUGCUGUCAUCGGGCUGCCGCUGUGCCUAGCUGCUGCCAACCUUCGUGUGCUGCCAUCGGGCUGCCGUUAUUCUUCGUGUGCUGUCAUCGGGCUGCCGCUGUGCUUUGCUGCCGUCAUUCUGCGUGCGUCGUCAUCGGGCUGCUGCCUUGCCUAGCUAUCGACGAUCUUCGUUUGCCGUCAUCGGACUGCCGCUACCGCAAAUAUUCGGGUGUCGUCCUCGCCGUGCUGCUACAGUGUGUUGUGUGUUAUCAAAACUACAAAUGUGUGAAAUGAAUAAUUUAGUGAAAUCAACAAAUUUUAUAACGUUGAUAAAAAAAUAAACAGUCUUCCUCUCUUAUAUGUCCCACAACAUAAAUAAAUUCUUGUGACGACCCUGGCCCUCCGUUGAACUAUCCCAGCUUCAAAGUGAAAACAUGUCGUCACAAUGUCUGACGGGUCUGUUUGUCUGUUAGAAGCUUUUCUGCUAACGUAUUAACAGCGUAAAUGAUGUAUCAAAAAUUAAAAAGUUUAUUUAUAAAAACCAUACACAAGCCGAGGCAACGGUAGAUGAUUUGGGGAAAAAGAUGGAAACAAUAGAAGAGACCAUAGGGCUUUUGAUCACUAAUGGAGUAAACGAAAAAAGGAAAGUGUACAAGAAGCUUACUUUGUAGAGAAAUUAAUUCAUCGAUAUGCGAAUUCCAUUUUUAUUUGUUGUUAAUUGUAAUUCCGAGUGUUUUUAAUUUUUCAACGGAUGCAAUUGUGCUAUUGUUGCCAACAAGUCCAAGAGAACAAUUUCGCUUUUGACGGAUAUAAAAUAAUUACUCUUUUCCAGUGAAAGUUGAUCACCAGAAAAUGAGCACCACCAUCCAAUGUCAGUUAAAUCAUUUUUAGGGUGGCAGAAGUGUAUAUAUUGCUACAUAACUUUCUUAUAAUUACGAAAUCAUCCGCAUAUGCCACAAAUCUGAUAGCCCUAUGAGAUUGUAGUAUUUGAGUAAGUUUAUUGACUGACGUCGUUUAAUUCAAACAUGUUUAUAUCUUCUAUUGGAUUCGCGUUUUUGUUAGCAACUAAAUAUGUAUGGUCACGUGCAUUAAUUUUCUUUGUUGACUGGAAUUCAUCAGAAUUGAUGAAUCAGGCCACACUUCGCAAAAAACAUUGGAAAUGUCUGACGGGUCUGUUUGUACUGAGAAAGUAACUCCUAUAAGCUUUUCUGCGAACGUAUUAAAAGCGUUAAUGAUGUAUCAAAAAUUAAAAAGUUUAUUUUUAAAAACCAUACACAAGCCGAGACAAUGGUAGAUGAUAUGGGGAAAAAGAUGGAAACAAUAGAAGAAACCAUAGGGCUUUUGAUCAAUAAUGGAGUAAACGAAAAUAGGAAAGUGUACAAGAAAUAAAUGUUGUUUUGCCAUGAAGUAAUUCAUGUAUUUUAAAAAAAUAACUACUUUUAAAGACGAAGAAAGCAUGCAUUCCAUAUCCUGUAUGAAUGGGUACAUGAAGCAAACUUUUAUGGUAUACCAGUUGUGAAACAAAUUUUGUAUUGUAGAAUGUUGCUUAUGUAAAAUAUGAAAAAUGAGUUUGCAUUUCCAAAAUUAAAAAAUAUAUAU